UUUUUUCCUUCUUCCUCUCCCUUCCUCUUCCUCGUCUAACCUUUGGCGCAGACAUGAGGAGCGUUUGAUUGACUCGAUGCGGCGGCCGACACGCUCGCUCUCACGCUGCUCUCGAGGCGCCGGAAGGGAGGUUGCAAACAUCAAACGCACCACCGGCCUGCACCUUAAACGCUUCUUUGGACGACCCCCUGCCUGUCCAUCCUCGGAUGGGGGGGUGGCCCCAACCGCUAUUUAUUUACGUGGUCCAACACCCUCUGCUUGGAAAGCGAGUGUGUAGAAAGUCAACUGGCUUCUUCUUGAAAACGCUGUCGGAAGCUUUCAUUUUGCCUUUUGCCAUUGCCAUGUCACAUCACGUCAUUUGGACUUUGCGAAAUCAUUCUGACGUGAUGUCGCUUUCGCCCUAACCCCACAUCACGGGACUCCUUUGAACUGGCUUCACGAUGCCGUCAUGUGACAAGACUGUGACAUCAUCGUGACCAGCUGAUGUGCAGAUUUCCUACAUGGACAGUCUCAUCAAUUGACAACAUAAGAGUGUUGGCGUGCGCCGUGCAUCUACGUCGACCCCUACUGGGAGCGUCCGGCCAACGUGGGCAGCUGCUCCGCCGCCCGGCCCAAGAGCCUUCACCUGGCCGCAGGACAGCAGCAUACCUCGUCGCCAUGGCUGCAGGCUCUGCGCAAGGAGAAGUCCCGGGACGCGGCGAGGUCACGGCGCGGAAAGGAGAACUUUGAGUUCUAUGAGCUGGCCAAGAUGCUCCCACUGCCGGGCGCUAUCACCAGUCAGCUGGACAAAGCCUCCAUCAUUCGCCUCACCAUCAGCUACCUGAAGAUGAGGGACUUUGCUAACCAAGGGGACCCCCCGUGGAACUUGCGCGUGGAUGCUGCGCCCCCCAACACCUCAGUCAAAGCCAUCGGCGGCCAGAGGAGGAGGACCCCCGGCGCGUUGGCCUCGGACAUCUUUGAACCGCACCUGGGCAGCCACAUCCUGCAGUCUCUGGAUGGCUUUGUAUUUGCACUCAACAAAGAAGGCCGCUUCCUCUACAUCUCUGAGACCGUCUCCAUAUACCUGGGACUCUCGCAGGUGGAGCUGACGGGCAGCAGCGUGUUCGACUAUGUGGACCCGGGCGACCACGUGGAGAUGGCGGAGCAGCUGGGCAUGAAGGUCCCGCCUGGCCGGGGGGCGGCAGCAGCACUGUGCCGGGGCACCAUCAACGAGGACGCCGCCUCGUCGGCCUCGUUGCCGUCAUCGCCGCGCCCUGAGACGCCCGAGCCAGCGGAGUCGAGCAGUCCCGGUAACCUGUCUCCAGACGACUACCUGGAGCGUUCUUUCUUCAUCCGAAUGAAGUCCACGCUCACCAAGAGAGGCGUCCACAUCAAGUCGUCAGGAUACAAGGUGAUCCACGUGACCGGUCGCCUGCGCAUCCGCAUGGCGCUGACGCACGGCCGCUCAACACCCAAUCAGAUCAUGGGUAUGGUGGUGGUAGCGCACGCCCUGCCGCCGCCCACCAUCAAUGAGGUGCGCAUCGACUGUCAGAUGUUUGUCACGCGCGUCAACAUGGACCUCAAGAUUGUCUACUGCGAAAACAGGAUCAGCGACUACAUGGACGUGUCCGCCACCGACAUUGUGGGCAAACGCUGCUACCAGCUGAUCCACGCCGAGGACGUGGACGCCAUCAGGCAAAGUCACCUAGACCUUAUGAACAAAGGCCAGUGCGUGACCAAGUACUACCGCUGGAUCCAGAGGAGCGCCGGCUACGUUUGGAUCCAGUCCAGCGCCACCAUCGCCGUCAACGCCAAAAACGCCGGCGACAAGAACGUCAUCUGGGUCAACUACGUGCUCAGUAAUCAUGAAUACAAGAACACGCCCAUUGACUUUGGCCAGAUGCCAAACCUUCCAGAAAAGGUUUCGGAUUCCUUGGAAUCCUCUGACUCGGACUGCGAGUCUAAAGAAAACUCGGACAACGAGAAGGCGGCGUGCAAGCCAGGCCAAUCUGAGCAUGGCACGGACGUGGAGGCCAAUAUGCAGCGCCGCGGCCGAAUGCAGAGCUCGUCCGAGCAGGAAGCCAAGCGGCGGAAGGAGCCCGAGACGUCCUGUGACGACGCCGACAGUCCGGACAGCGAUGACAGCGAUGACAGCCCAGACAGCGACACCGCCGAGCCCGCUGCAGCAGCAGCCGGGAUGGACGGUGUACUGGACGGCCUUCAGAUCAAAGUGGAGCAUUACAGCGAGGCCGACGAGCAUUUUCAUCCUUCGCAGUCGUCCUCGUCGGAGGAGGAAGAGGAGAGGGACGGUGAUGAGCCGGCCAGCGGCGGCGCGGAAAAGCUCCAAAGCCGUAAGCGGCGGAAAUUGCAUAAAUGGGACCGGACACGAGGCAGAAAGUUGCGCCUGUCAUCGACGCUGGCCAGCCCAGUCCCGCUGAUGGAUGCCACCGCGGCGCCAGACUCCUUGCAACUUCUCGGGUCCCUGGGCGGCAGCACGUCGGCGGUCCUGAAGAUCAAGACGGAAAUGUCGGAGCCCAUCAACUUUGACAACGACAGCAGUAUCUGGAACUUUCCGCCCAACAGGGAGAUUUCCCGCAACGAAUCGCCGUACAGCAUGACGGCCAAGCCGGCCACCCCAGGACCCCUCAAGCAGGGCGGCUCCCUCCAGGUCCCCAUUCCUGACGCCGCGCUGACGCCGCCCGCCACCGAGGGCGGGGCUGGGGCCAAGAAGCCCCCUUAUAAUGGAAGCUCCACCCCGGCCAGUUUAGUGCUGCCCUCCAGCGGCUCCUCGGCAGAUCCCCUAUCGCCGCCCCUCUCGGCGUCGCCGCGCGACAAGCGGCAAGACUCGCCCGCCACAACUUUGGCCACGUCCUCAGCUUCGUCGUCUUCGCUGUUGUGCUCAGGUGACCUGGAAGUGCUGCAGCGCUUGCAGGCGGGGAACAUGGUCCUGCCGCUUGUCCACCGCGUCACGGUGGCGCCCAGUGGCAGCACGCCGCCCCGUGUGUACACCACCGGGACCAUCCGCUAUGCGCCCGCUGACGUCACGCUCGCAAUGCCGCCGGGGAGCCUGCUGCCCAACGCCUCUGUGAACUUUGUGGACGCCCCGGGUUUCGGCCUAGACCCCAAGACCCCCAUGGAGAUGCUGUACCACCACGUGCACCGUCUCAACAUGUCAGCCGCUGCCGCCACAGGGCCCUUUGCAGGCUCUCCAGGGGCCACCGCAGGGACAGCGCAGGUGCCCGCAGCGGCCGCUGCUGCCAACGUGUUCACCACAGCUGAUGGAAUUUUCUCCACGCUGCCGUUUCCCAUCUACACGAACGGCAUCCAAGCCCAGAGAAAGGACAACUAGCGGGGACUGGCCCAAACCGGCCCAGACCGGAGACCGGGUUACUGUGCUUCCGACUCUACUGUGUUGUUGAAGGAAGGAAGGAAGGAAGGAAGGAAGGAAGGAAGGAAGGAAGGAAGGAAGGAAGGAAGGAAGGAAGGAAGGACGGGCAAGAAAAGAAGGAGUGAGGACAGCAAAUAGGAGGGAAAGAUGGAAGGAUGAACUGAAUGCCAGAGCUUGUGUAGCACUUUUUAAAAUCUUCACUUCUUGCCACCAUUUUGCUCCCUCGCUGAUCUAGCUGAAGGUUGUUGACAUCAUUACUUCCUGUUGUCGCUGGCAAGGCUAGAAAACAAUACAAAAGUGACAUGCACAGAAAAACAAGCGACUUGAGAAUGUGGAACUAAUUCCUGUUGCGUCACCCAGUCUUGGAGUUUUGAGGACGACACACUGGUGGUGCUACGUUAUCGUCUCAGUGAUACUGAGACUAUGCAGCUAGCGUUGAUUUUGAUUGGUUAGCUAUUGUUGAUGCUGACCAAUCAGCAUCACUGCUAUAAUUGGCUACAUUUGGCUAAUUAAUAAGUAUUGAAGUGAGUUACUGACUAGCUUUAAGGCUAAUUGGCUAUUAGAAUUGAUGCUACUCAGUGGACCGCAACGUUAACCAGUUAGCAUCGGUGCUAAUCGUUUAGCAUCACUAGUGCAAUUGGCUUGAUGUUAAUCAGUUAGCAUGGAUGCUAAUAAGCUACAUUGCAGCUGUAAUUGACUAAUUUAUGCUAAUUAGCUUGUGCUGAAGCUUAACAGAUAAUAAAGGUGAUGCUGGUCAGCGGGUUUAUCAUUUAGCAUGGAUGGUAAUUGGUCAGCAAUGACACUAAUUGGCUGACAUUGGGAUUAAUCAGCUAGCAUUGAUUCUAACGAGUUAGAAUGGCGAACUUAAAAAUGAAUGUCUGACUGACCGCUUGCUGUUUGAUAUGAUACGUUUGUUUUCUGCACUUCUUCCGCCAACUUUGGAAAACCGACCAUAUGUCCAGUGGGCGUUGCCCCCCCAAAAAAUGGAAAAAAAAAAUCUAACGAGCACUGUGAAUCUACGUCAUUUGUAUUUUUUGCUAAGAUGAAAAAGAUGAGCCCGCAAAAAUGUGCUCAGCGCGCAAAAGUGGGGUUUUUUUUGUUCCCCUCCGUCGCCGCGUUUUUGGUGUCGCCACUUCCUGUUCCUGUAUGUGUUGCUCUGUGCCGUGUGUGCGCUGUUGCCGCCGCAGCUAUCGUCGUCGUGUCUUCUCUGUGCUCUCGUGUGAACCCCAAAACAACCCAGGGAGGUUUGGGAGGUUGCUGUGCUGCAGGAAACUACUAAAAAAAAAAGAAAACGUUUGUACUUUCUUCUUUAAUUUGUGGCCAUCUUCUUCUCUGCUUUGCUUUCGUGCCGUCGUCUCGUUGACAAAACCGGCUGGAUGUAUGGUGCGGGCGGGCGACGCAAAGCAUUCUGGGACUCCACAGCUCCUUUGACACAGUCCUUUUGACCCGGCCGUUGCGGCUUCACGUAUUCAGAUAUUCCGACAAUGAUUGUUUCCAAGACUGCAUGCCGUUUUCAAAGAGCAGUUCCGAUUUGGAGCAUUUUGAGCACUGAAGGCAGAGAAAAAGGAGACUUUUUGUUUAAGCGCUGGAAAUGUUUUCGAGGAACAACGUGACUACUUGUGGGAAAAAAUGCUUGGGCGCAUGUCGAAGGCUCAAAGUGGAGAAACCGUGUCUUGAGGAAAGCAGCUGGCGCUCUCAAGAACUUCAACACGUGACUCGACAAAGCAAACAAGACUGAAGAGUACGAGGCCGCCGCGUCCUGAAAGUUUGACAUGUCAAGAACACAAACGAGGGAAAGCGAACUUUGCACUCGGCCGUCAAAGGAUGCUCAGCAUCGCGUGACGGCAGGUGUGAAAGCGACGGCUCCGGUUUCACAGAAUGCUUUGCGGCUCAGUGCGCGCAUUGCGCACGCAACGUAGGCGUGCACACGCACUUGUGGCAAAAAA